UUGUUUUUCUAACCUCUGGCUCUGGCUAGCUUCACAUGGGCUUCUAUCAGUUGAAAUGGCAUCUCCAACCUUAGCCAAGUGUAGGUUAUUAGGUUAUGAGUGCUAGAAACAAUGAGUUGUCUCCACACUUCAUCCAGCACGAAUAAAAGCAAGAUUGUAAAAAUAAUUAUCAUCUCUUGAAGUCAAGCCAACUGUGCAAGCUGAGCCCAUCUUUCUUGGUUAAUUUGUGUACACUUCUUAUUUUAACAGGACAAACUUUCAGAGGGUACUCACAUGGGACUGCAGAACCAGCUGUGCAACUUUUAUUUUGAAGAAGAAAAAAAAAGUUGGGCCUCAGAACAGGCUGUUUUAAAGACAGGGAGGGACUUAUCCUUUCCGAGUUUGUCCAGCAUGUGGAAACAGUGCUCUCAUGGCUGCAAUAACUUAGAGAGCUCCUACCUGGGUGACACUUGGGGUAGGAAAGUUUCUGUUUGUUUUGCUCUGUUUGCGAGGGUCCUGUGCACUUCUCUUGCCUGUUUCAACGUGACUCUUGGUGUUUUUUGCACACCCUACUCUGUGUGGGGGAGUGCCCCGACGUGCCUGUCUUAUGUGGCCUCUAUGGGCACACUACUCAGCUGGCAGAGAACAGGGAAGUUUUCGCCCAGCACCCAAAAAGAGAAAGAGGAAACUACUUUUUUCCUUCUGGGCUUCUUGCAGCACAAUAGAACAGGAUAAGCUUUUCUAUUCCCUCCUUGGAGUUUCUGGAGAGGUUUCCAGGAAGAAGUGAAAAUUUCACCUUUAAAUGGAUGAGCAUGUCACAAUCAGGAAGAAGCAUCUCCAGAGACCCAUCUUUAGACUAAGAUGCCUAGUAAAACAGCUGGAGAGAGGUGAUGUCAACAUUGUAGACCUGAAGAAGAACAUUGAGUAUGCUGCAUCAGUGCUGGAAGCCGUCUAUAUCGAUGAGACAAGAAGGCUGCUGGACACUGAAGAUGAACUCAGUGAUAUUCAGACCGACUCUGUCCCCUCAGAAGUCCGGGACUGGUUGGCAUCUACCUUUACACGGAAAAUGGGGAUGACUAAAAAGAAACCUGAGGAAAAGCCAAAAUUUCGAAGCAUUGUCCAUGCAGUUCAAGCUGGCAUUUUUGUGGAAAGGAUGUACAGAAAAAGCUACCAUGUGGUUGGCUUGGCAUAUCCAGCUGCUGUCAUUGUAACAUUAAAGGAUGUUGAUAAAUGGUCUUUUGAUGUAUUUGCCCUAAAUGAAGCAAGCGGAGAACAUAGCCUGAAGUUCAUGAUUUAUGAACUGUUUACCAGAUAUGAUCUUAUAAACCGCUUCAAGAUUCCUGUUUCUUGCCUAAUUUCCUUUGCAGAAGCUUUAGAAGUUGGUUACAGCAAGUACAGAAAUCCAUACCACAAUCUGAUUCAUGCAGCUGAUGUCACUCAAACUGUGCACUACGUAAUGCUUCAUACAGGUAUCAUGCACUGGCUCACGGAACUGGAAAUUUUAGCAAUGGUCUUUGCUGCUGCUAUUCAUGACUAUGAGCAUACAGGAACCACAAACAAUUUCCAUAUCCAGACAAGGUCAGAUGUUGCCAUUUUGUACAAUGACCGCUCUGUCCUGGAGAAUCACCAUGUGAGCGCAGCGUAUCGACUGAUGCAAGAAGAAGAAAUGAAUAUCUUUGUAAAUUUAUCCAAAGAUGACUGGAGGGAUCUUCGGAACUUAGUGAUUGAAAUGGUAUUAUCUACUGACAUGUCAGGUCACUUCCAGCAAAUUAAAAAUAUCAGAAGCAGUUUGCAGCAGACUGAAGGGAUUGACAGAGCCAAAACUAUGUCCCUGAUUCUCCACGCGGCAGACAUCAGCCACCCAGCCAAGACCUGGAAGCUGCACUACAGGUGGACCAUGGCCCUAAUGGAGGAGUUUUUCCUGCAGGGAGACAAAGAAGCUGAAUUAGGGCUUCCAUUCUCCCCACUGUGUGACCGGAAGUCUACCAUGGUGGCACAGUCACAGAUAGGCUUUAUUGAUUUCAUAGUAGAGCCAACGUUUUCUCUUCUGACCGACUCGACAGAGAAAAUUGUUAUUCCUCUUAUAGAGGAAGCAUCAAAAUCUGAAACUUCUAGCUAUGGAGCAAGCAGCUCUUCUGGCAUUGUGGGGUUACACAUCGCUGAUUCUCUGAGACGAUCAAAUGCAAAAGGCUCCAUGAGCGAUGGGAGCUAUGCCCCAGACUACUCUCUCACUGCAGUGGACCUGAAGAGCUUCAAAAACAACCUGGUAGACAUCAUCCAGCAGAACAAAGAGCGGUGGAAGGAGCUGGCCGCACAAGGUGAAUCUGAUCUUCAUAAGAACUCAGAAGAUUCAGUAAAUGCUGAAAAAAAGCAAGCCGACACACACCCAUAGAUAUUGAGCAUCUUAAAAGCUUCUGUCAUUUUAAAUGAGAAAGGAUAAUUAAAGCAGCAUGAAAAACAGUGAAACCCUCGACUUUCCACAAAAACUGCAUUCUUCUCUUUCAAACAUACAAUUGACUCAGACUGUUUCAAGGAAUAAGAACAUAAAAUUGAAGUUAGUAACUGGUCAAAUCAGUUCAAAGCGUGAAUGGAGAUUUGGCCAGCACUCCUACCAUUGUUUUUCUCCAUAAUUUAGCCUUCUUCCGCAAUGCCAGAGAAGUUUUUAAAACAAAAGUUGAAAGUUUCAAAGCUUUCAUCACUUUUAACCUGUCACAGUGACUAUAUAAUACAUAUACAGAUGGGACAGUUUAAAAUGUACUUCUGAUACUGUCCUGCUUAGAAUGCUGUAACGAUUAAAUUUUGGAGGUCUUCAGUGAAAGAUAAGCAGAAAAAAAUAGGACAGUUUUGUUUUUUUUUUGCAAGAUUGGGAAAUAGGCUAUUAAGAGUGUUUUUGUUUUGAAUGCACGGGAACAAAGUGAGAGUUGGGGAUGUAUUUGAUAUUGCAAGGCAACAGUGAUGCAUCAGAGCUGUGGCUUGGCAACUCAAUGGACACUUUAUUGUACUUCUCGAGCUGGGAAGCAGCCCCGUGACAUUUCUCUGUGACCUUCUCCUGAGACCUUCCCCUGCAACCAGCCUGUGUCUGUCCUGGGCUUCCAUCACCUAUAUGGAUGUGGUCACAGUACAAGCCACAUAAUCAUCAGUUCACAAUAAAAAGGAGCAUCAGCCAUUUUUUGAGACAGUGACACUAAUGGGAAAAUGGAAUUUAUUUGGGGUGCUGAUCCCAUUAUGAUGCAAAAAAUUAUAUAUUACAGGACAAGGGAUAAAAAAAUGAAGUGUGUGUGUGUGUGUGUGCGUGUGUGCGUGUGCGUGCAUGUACAUUCAAAAAUGUUUGUGGAGAUGGAAGCCAAUACUUUUCUGUCAAGGGAAUUAUUAUUUGAUGUGAGUUUUUAAUUGUACUAACAUAAACAAAGUGCAGCCUUCAGAGGUCCUGCUUCUUUGUCAUUUUUUUGCCUGAGCAUGUGCUAAACAUUUCCCUUGCCCAAACUGAAGAACUACCUGUACUUCUUUAGCUGACAAGAAAAAAAAAAGUACAAAUGGUUUGGUAGGUUUUCAAUAUACAAUCAGAUAAUUCUGAACUUAAGUGCAUUUGUUCUUAUGAAAAGUGGGCCUUGCUUGGGUAGAAGAAACAGAGCAGUCAUCAGUUCAAUGAUAGAAAGAGGAAGGAGGCUCCACCAUCCCUAAUGAUUUGCCUCUUAUACUGCCUUCCUUCCCAGGUUCCAUGAUGCUAAGCAAUAUUUUAGUGACAGAUAAAAUCAGAAGCUUUUAAGCCUGAGUGGUGAGAUUUUUUUCAUGUGUAAGCCAUAUUCAGGUAUGCAUAUGUAAGUAUGCAUCAUUGUAAUUUAAGAUACAUUUUGUGUGUACACUGUAAAAAUGCUUUUAAAUGUUCUGUGAAUAAAAUCCUUAGCUUUAGUUGCAUUUGAAUCUUGUGCAGAGCACAGCUAAGUAAUUGAACUGUAUCAUAGACAUUACAAUGCAAUUGGUAUUUUAAGUGUAAGUGGUAAAGAUUGAUCUAUUACAAUGUGAUGGAAAAAAUUUAUAGAAAUAUAUAACAUGGUAUCUUUUUGUCCUUUUAAAAUGGACUUUUUAUUUCUAUAUUUAUGGAGAAACUGUAACUACUGCCUUUGGUGUCUUUUU